AUGCACGGUCGUUAUCAACUACAAUUCGAAGCUGCUUGGGCAUUAACAAAUAUUGCCUCGGGUACCCAGGAGCAGACCCGCGUGGUGGUAGAAUGUGGCGCUAUUCCUCUAUUUGUUGAAUUAUUAAGAUGUCCUAAGGAAGAAGUUCGCGAACAAGCUGUCUGGGCAUUGGGCAAUAUUGCUGGAGAUUCACCAAGUUGUAGAAAUCUAGUUCUUGAUGGUGGGGCACUCCCGCCACUACUUGAACAACUAAACACCCCGGGCUCAAAGGUCGCUAUGCUGCGAAAUGCAACCUGGACUCUCUCGAACCUUUGCCGAGGGAAGCCCGCUCCCGUGUUUGAGAAAGUUUCUCCCGCUUUGCCAGCAUUGGCAGUUCUUAUUUACUCCGAUGAUGCUGAAGUAUUAACUGAUGCUUGUUGGGCCCUUUCUUAUCUAUCUGAUGGUCCUAAUGAUCGUAUUAAGGCCGUACUUGAGGCAGGUGUCUGCGCACGUCUAGUAGAAUUAUUAAGUCAUCAAUCUAAUCUUGUGCAGACACCAGCAUUACGUGCUGUAGGAAAUAUUGUUACAGGGGACGAUACACAGACACAAGUAGUAUUAACAUGUGGUGCCUUACCUAAGUUAUUAACAUUAUUAUCUUCUACUAAGAAAAAUGUACAAAAAGAAGCAUGUUGGACUGUAUCUAAUAUAACUGCAGGUAAUAAGGACCAGAUCCAAGAAGUAUUAGAUAGCGGAGCAAUUCCUGCCUUAUUACAUCUAUUAGAGACCGCAGACUUUGAUACAAAAAAGGAAGCCGCAUGGGCUGUUAGUAAUGCUGUUAGUGGUGGUACAGAUAUGCAGGUAAAUAUAAUUAAUUAA